ACGUCGUCGCCGCAGUCGACACUUGGCUCAGCCCACUCCUGCAAAUGUGCUGGAUGUUGAGCAUGCUCUGGCAAGAGGAAGCAGAGCACGGCCUACAGGCAGCGAAGGCUGGCUGCGGCCACACAGCCCUCUACAAGAUUGUCGGCAAGGCAGGCUUCGUGCCCUCCUACCCAGCCAUCUUCGGCCGGGCGCACGACUUCUGCGUCAGCAUGAUGGACAAGAAAGCGGGGAAGGACGUCGACAGCGACUGCUCGCUACCGAGAUUUAGAACGGGCGAGACAGAUGAGCCCGAGGAAGACUCUGCGAGCCUCUGUGAGUUCUCCGACCUAGACUCGGAGGACAUGGAGAUGGACGGAGACCUCGCGGAUGUGACGCAGGAUGUGGCGAUUCGAGAAGUACCCGAGCACGUGCAGGACAAAAUCUUUAACUGCGCUCGUGCUGUUGCGGCAUGCGUGCUCGACGGUAGCUGCGAGCAUGGCGAGUUUCAACUGAUCUCCGAUGGCUUCGAGGAAGAGUUCGGCUACACGAAGCAGGAGCUUUGUGGCAAGCCAGUGCUUCGUUUGUUGGCGGAAGAUACGUGGGCAGAGUAUGCCCUCGACUGCCAUUUCAAUCGCGUUGCCUUGGAAGGUGCCCGCGAAACCAUCACAGCCCCUCUCCGAUGCAAGACGGGCGAACUUAUCAGCAAGACCUGGACGAUGGAGAAGGUGACCGUCCAGGACACAUCACUUCUAGUUCUGAUGCCGUCCUCCACUGAGGCGGAUGGCUUCAAGCCGGCUGAUCUCUUCACGGCAUGA